GUAGAAAAAGAUGAGUGGAGUAAAGGUUUAGUAUGAGAGCAAGGAGGAGGAGGAGGAGGAGGAGGAGGCCAGUGGUCCAGCCAGCCCACCCUGACCCUCAAAACUAACAGGGCAACAAGACACAGCUGAGAACAUAACCUCCCUUGUCUGUCCUGACCUUCAGAGAUGCAUUCUAUUACAGUGUUUGGACAAGAAUUGCUCUGCUCUCUAUAACACAUGAAGGACUGCAGGGGAGUGUGUUUUCCUUCCUAGAACUAGACCCUGUAGGAUAGAGGCCUCUGGCAACUGAGAAAGGAGGAGGCAACGCUUAACUCCUGCCAGUCGCCCAGCUGCCUCAUUACAGUGAUCACGUGUGCCCCUCUGAACGGAUUAUACUCGUAAAUAAUUCUCAUUUCGUCGCUGGAGUUGGUCACGUCAACACACACACACACACACACACACACACACACACACGCUCGCUCCGCCCCCGCCCACACACACGCCCAGCAGACAUGAAGACACGUCCCUGCUCCCUGCUGCUGCUGCUGGCGGCGUCUCUGAGCCAGGGAACUCAGAGAUGCACCGAGGAUGCCAUAGUGCUCAGAGUAGGGGAGGCCCGCAUCACGGCCAACAACGGAACAUGGAAUUUUGGUGGUGAUUUUUUCAAGACCAUGUACCUGUGGCCCGAGGAAGGCUUCAGGGGCGUGGGUCUCCAGGCUCUCACGGACACCGCCACAGGACCGGUGAGCCUGGCCGCGUGGUUCCCCGAGGACAUCUUCCCCGACGUCACCAAAGCCGCCUGGUGGGAGUUGGAGGUGUAUGUGAUUCGCUGGAGUGACCGUGUGAGGUUCGAUGUACGUCUUGGUGAUAGUUGGAAGAUGUGUUUCUCUUUGGUCACCAUUGACAAGCUACAGAGUGUGGCAGUGGUGGGUUACGGGGCCUCUAGAUGGAGACACGACACACCACCACCUGGCUGCCACUAUCAAGGACUUAACCCACUGACCCAGCUACAAACAACUACUUGCACGGCGCCCUUAAUCAUCACACUAGCCACUCCGCCCACUCCACCAGCCACUCCGCCCACUCGACCAGCCACUCCGCCCACUCCACCAGCCACUCCGCCCACUCCACCCACUCCACCAGCCACUCCGCCCACUCCACCCACUCCACCAGCCACUCCGCCCACUCCACCAGCCACUCCGCCCACUCCACCAGGCACUCUGCCGACUCCACCAGCCAUUACACCCCCUCCCACGCCAUUACCCACUACACCCCAAUCCACCCCAGAAGCCACUACAUGCCCGCCCAUUCUAGUGGAGGUGGCAGAGAUGACGGCAGUUUUGACCGUGAUAACCGGGGACAUGUACCACACACUACAGCGUCUCGAAGCGGAUCAAAAAGCGGCCCGGGGUCCUGCCUGGCCCGGAACGCACCACGCCCGGCCGCGGCCCACUCCCACGCCACUACCCACUACACCCCCUCCCACGCCACUACCCACUACACCCCCUCCCACGCCACUACCUACUACACCCCCUCCCACGCCACUACCCACUACACCCCCUCCCACGCCACUACCCACUACACCCCCUCCCACGCUACUACCCACUACACCCCAAUCCACCCCAGAAGCCACUACAUGCCCGCCCAUUCUAGUGGAGGUGGCAGAGAUGACGGCAGUUUUGACCGUGGUAAUCGGGGACAUGUACCACACACUACAGCGUCUCGAAGCGGAUCAAAAAGCGGCCCGGGGUCCUGCCUGGCCCGGAACGCACCACGUCCGGCCGCAUUCUCAGUGAGUCCGGAACAGCCCGACCUCCACGAGAAAUGGACCAAUCACAGCGCGCGCUGAGCCAGGCCACGCACUGCCCGCUGGUGACGUCAUUGCUUAGACUCUAUAUACACAGUUGUAUCACAUAUACGCCCCGUGAUUGUCUCCAUGUAUCUCCCUUAAGGACAAUAAACAGCCAUUGAAUAUA